AUGUGCCUCUCCGAAGUCCUCGCCCGCCAUGCUCACGAGCAGCCUGUUCUGGCUCGUCAACCAGCGUCUGCGCCCUCGUCGGCCUACUCUGAUGAAGACUUGGAAGGAUCGGUCGAGUCGGAUGCCACCUCUACCUCGAGUGUGCCCGCCACUCCCGAUGUGACCCAGCCCGCCUCCCCCUCGCGCCCCGCCCUGUCUCUGCUCAUCACCCAGAUGCGACCGAAAUACGCGGUGAGGCCCAAUGAGCGCCUUGCCGUCCUGCUCCCCAAGUCUCUCUGGAAACCAGACAACAUGGCGGACGAGUGUGAUAUCUGGACUUGCACUACCCGAUUCUCGCUGUUCGAGCGCAGACAUCAUUGCCGCAAGUGUGGAGGUGUGUUUUGCCAAGCGUGCUCUUCCCAGCAGACGCUCUUGCUCGAUACGACGGACCUUCCGUUCUUCUAUCCUCCGGCUGAUCUGUCGCUUGCCGACGGACCCCCAGGGCCGAUGGUCAACUCGCGUGUGUGCGACGACUGCCAUGCGCUCAUCUACGGACGACCCACUCCCUCGUCCCUUGCCUCCCAAUCCUCCACCACCGACCUCCCGGGUCUCUCCCACUCUAUCAGCUCCGCAUCUUCGUCGAGCGUUCCAUUCCCCUCUCGCCCCUCCCUUUCCCGCACGAGCUCCAACUUGUCUUCCGAGCGUGCCCGUGUCCGCCGCAACAGCGCCCAGCAGCCGAGGUCCUCUUCCUCCUCUGUGCGCUCUGUCAACUUCAACUCCCACCCGGCCCACCGCCGCACCAUUGUGCCCGAACCCCCAGCUCCGGCCGACCUCGGUGUGCUCGCGACAUACCCGCUCCGCCAGCCAAGUGCUCAAUGCAAAGCCAACGGCGGUGGCCUCUGGCAACCCCGCCAGUCCCGCUACGACUCUCGCCGCUCCUCGCCCCGACGGGUCCUCGAGGAAGACGACGAGUCCGAGGACGAGGGUCCAUUGCCCAAGCAAUCCCGACUCCGCAUGUACCGCGCCUGGGACUGA